AUGGGUCGCCGCCCCCCCCCCGCAUGCGGCGGAAACCGAGGCGGCUCCGCGGGCGGCCUGGCUCCGCUGGGCGAGCGGACGCGCGGGAGACAUUCCGGGGGGACCGGAACCGGAGUGUGGGCUGAGUGGGGCUCCCUGGGGCUCGCUGAGGACACUAGUGUCGCUCUGGUCCCUAAGGAGAUACCUGGGAAAGGGGGCAUCUGGAGAGUGAUCUUUAAGCCCCCUGACCCAGAUAAUGAAUUUUUAAGCAGAUUAACCGAAUUCUUAGAAGGAGAGGGCAUGACGCUGGUUGAGUUGACCAGAGCUUUGGGGUAUGGAAAUGACCCUUUUGACCAGAACACGAUCCCAGAAACGGCCCCCAUGUUGGCCCAGGCAUUAGACGAGGCUCGCCAGCCUGCCCUGCAAUACCUGACCUACAGAAGGCUGAGAGUAUUCUCGGGCAGUGAUCCUCCAGAACCUGAAGAAGAAAAAUGUGAACCCUGGCUGUUUCAUGCUAGUCAGGUGAUGAAGACAUGGCAGGUGUCAGACGCUGAGAAAAGAAGGUGAUUGCUAGAGAGCCUUAGAGGUCCGGCAUAUGAUGUUAUUCAUGUCCUCAGGAUAAACAAUCCUUUAAUUACAGUCCCCGAAUGCCUGCAGGCUUGUGAGCAGGUUUUGGGGGUUAUUGAUAACCCUAGGGAACUGCAGGUCAAAUAUCUGACCACUUACCAGAAGGAGGAAGAAAAGUUGUCUGCUUACAUACUAAGGCCGGGGCCUUUGUUACAGAAACUGGUGGAGAGAGGAGCAGUUGAGAGAGAAGCUGUGAGUCAGGCCCAACUCGACCAAAUCGCUGCUGAGCAGUGGACGGAGCGCAGGAGGCUCGCUCUGCCCAGGACCCCGGCCCCUGGCUUGCUGGAGUUACUGGCACUGAUGAGAGAUGAUGAGGCAGCUGAGGAGGAGGAGGAGGCCCUUCUCCAGGCAGAAUUAUUAGCAGGGUAUUUCACCUGAAUCUUAGGAAACCAGAAAGGGACAGUGACAGCAAGCAGAGCUUGGAGGUAGAAAAUCCAUAUACUCCAGUGAUGGACAUUGACUGGGCCCUACCUUGUGAUGCCAAAUAAUGCAUUUUUGCACAGUUCUCAGUACAAACCCAUUGUCAUUCAUGUGCCUAUUGAAUAUCUCCUAAAUGUGUCUGAGUAGGAAAACUGUAGUUCUGUACUGAUACUUAGAUAUUUAAAUUCACUCCUGUGAAUUUUUUAUCAUACAAAACUGUACAAAGGCCUAUCACUGCGUUUGUGUACUGCUCAAAACUGUGCAAAAGGCCUGUCACUGCAUAUGUGUACUGCUCUGAGAGGAAGGCAAGGGCCAGGUGCCUCUGCUGACCUGAUCUUGUGGAGGUGUCAGCUUGUGUGGUAACAGGUGCAAAUGUGAUCAUAUGUCAUAGUUUUUAGCUGUGUAUUGCCCUCUGUUUAUCAUGGAGAUGGUGAGCAGUGGUUAAGGUAUUUUUUGUGUGAACCAGAAUUUUAUUGAUUCUGUGCAAUCAAAACAAAAGACAGCUACUAAAUGCCAUGGUUAACUUUGCAGCUGCCAUCUCUAACCUCGGAUUCCUAAUGUACAUCAUCAAAACAUCUAGUUCUGAAUAUCAUUUUAAUAGGUGUUAUAAAAUUGUAGGUGUGAACUUAUAAAAUAAAGGAAUGCUGAUAAAAUGA